CUCGGGGCCUCGGAGCCGCUUUAAGUGGAUGCGACGGCGGCGGGCGGGAGUGGAGCGCAGCGCUGGGCACGGAGCCCCGACCCCGCUAUGCCGCACUCGGUGGCCCUGCGCGGCCCCUCGCCGUGGGGCUUCCGCCUGGUGGGCGGUAAGGACUUCAGCACGCCGCUGACCAUCUCCAGGAUUAACCCUGGAAGUAAAGCAGCCCUGGCCAACCUGUGCCCUGGGGACAUCAUUCUGGCCAUAAAUGGGGAGAGCACAGAAGCCAUGACGCACCUGGAGGCACAGAACAAGAUCAAGGCGUGUGUGGAGCAGCUGCUGCUGUCUGUGAGCAGAGCUGAGGGGAGGAGCUGGUCACCGCCCAUACUGGAGGAUGGGAAGGCACAAGCCUACCGCAUCAACAUCGAGCCUGAGCCGCAGGAUAACGGCCCUGCAGUGGGCAAGAGGCCCAUGCCCCACACUGCAGGUGGGAGCCCAGUGGACAGCAGGCAGGCACUGAGCCUGCAGCACUCCCAGCCCAGCCGGUCGCAUGCUGAUGCUGCCUUGCCACUGCAGCUCAGUGGGCUGCACAUCUCUCCUUCCCAAAGCACCGACCCCUUAAAGUCCCUCCCACGGAACAGAAACGGGAUCGAUGUGGAGUCAGAUGUCUACAAGAUGCUCCAGGAUUACGAGAGGCCCGCCUCAGAGCCCAAGCAGUCGGGGUCCUUCCGCUACCUGCAGGGCAUGCUGGAGGCUGGGGAGAACGGUGAAAAACUCGACAGACUGAACAACCCUCGGAACAUCAAACCUCCAGGACCAAAGCUUGGCGCUGCCAUGUCUGGACUGCAGAUGCUCCCCGAGUGCACGAGAUGUGGCAAUGGGAUCGUGGGAACCAUCGUCAAAGCCCGCGACAAGCUCUACCACCCCGAGUGCUUCAUGUGCGACGACUGCGGCCUCAACCUGAAGCAGAGGGGCUAUUUCUUCAUCGAGGAGCAGCUGUAUUGCGAGACCCACGCCAAGGAGAGGGUUAAGCCCCCCGAGGGUUAUGACGUGGUGGCUGUUUAUCCGAACGCUAAAGUUGAACUCGUCUAAACCGAGGGCUCAGACGGCGCUCGCCCACCCGCACGCACGCCGCUGGCUUCGCAGAGUGGCUGUAAUCAACCCCGAUUACUGCAGCCCGAGUCAAAUGCCUUUCUGUAGAUAAAACCGUUUACACUUGGGAUCUCCAGGGGAUGGUGUUGAAAGCGUAUGAACAGGUUUUUCCCUUCUCUUUGACACUUUUUUUUU